AUGAGAUAUAAAGCGAAAUUAAGUGGCUGAAAGGAGAAUUUGUUGUAAUUAUUAUCAAUAUAGUGUUUUCCCUAUUAAUCAAAUCCAUCUAAGACCCAUCAAUUAGGAAAGAAACUAGGUAGAAUAAUGAUCGAAGAGACACUUGA